AUGACGGACUCGGUAGUAGCCACCGUCACGACAACAUUCUCGCCCUGGCCAAACGACCUUAGUGCAGUCGGGUACUUUAGCAGCGCCGGAGGAGUGGUCGGCACAGUCUCUUGUUCGGCCAGCUAUGCAUUCACAAUAAAGAGCUCGUCCGGCAUCUGCUGUCACACGGCUAGCAGGGAUGACUGUUUGUGGAAUAACAGAUGCUCAGGGAGUAUGGUUAUUUGGGAGGAUGGGUCCUCUUCGACAUGUUUGAACAACAACCUUUGCCGAACAACAACGCUCUUCGCGCAAGAAAGAUCAGCCGAUUGGACGGCGAAAAUGGCCUGGUGCAUGGUGGACGGCAUCCCGGAUACGCUGUAUAGGACUUUUACUGGGACGCAGCUUACAUUAGUUCCCGCCGAUUCAAUCACAACAUCCUCAGACUCUGAGACAACCACGACAACCACACGAAGCCCAUUCCCUACAUCCACAGAAACAACCCUAACAACGACCGCAUCGACGACAAGCAUAGACCCUUCUGAUCUCGGGGCUCAGCGAACGGACGAACCACGACCAGACGAUGACGGGCCAAACGUGGGGGCUAUCGCAGGUGGUGUGGUGGGCGGCGUGGCAGGGUUGGCCUUGGUUAUACUGGCGGUGUGGUUCAUUAUGCGGAGACAGAAGAAGAAGAAUGCCGAGAUGAGGGAGAUUGGGGUAGGGUAUACGGCGCCGGAGCCGAAGUAG